AUGACUACAAAAUCAUAUUCACAACUCAACAACAUAUCAACAAAAAUCCUUAAUCUCCUCAACAAUCCCUCCAUUUCACCUUCUCACUUCUCCCAAAUCCAAGCUCAACUCAUUCACCACAAUCUCCAUUACAACACAACCAUAGCCAAAAACCUCAUCUCCACUUGCCAAUCUUUAAGUCUCUUAAACUCCUCAUUUACCCUUUACACUAAACUCAUCAAGAAACCCCACAUCUUCAUUUGCAACACUCUCAUUCAAGAACUCUCGCAUUCCGAAGAUCGACUACUGAAGCAGAAAUCGAUAUCGAUGUACAUUCAUAUGUAUCAAGAACGUAUUUUCCCGAAUAUUUACACUUACCCUUUUGUUCUAAAGUCAUUAUCUGACCUUAAGGAGUUGAAAUUAGGAAAAUGUGUACAUACCCACGUUGUAAAAUGGGGGUUGGAUUCAGAUAUUUACGUGCAGAACUCGUUCUUGAAUUUGUAUGGUUCUUGUGGUGAAAUCUUGGUUUGUCGCCAACUGUUCGAUGAAAUGCCUCAAAGAGAUGUUGUUUCGUGGACGGUGUUGGUUAUGGGGUAUAGAGAAUGUGGAAAGUAUGGCGAUGCGGUUGGUGUGUUUGAGAGGAUGAGAGGUUCGGGCGUGGCGCCUAAUCGAGUAACGAUGGUGAAUGCAUUGGCUGCUUGUGCUAAUUGUGGUGGUUUGGAUGUAGGGGUGUGGAUAGAUGAGUAUAUAAGGAUGAAAGGAUGGGAAAUGGAUGUGAUUUUGGGUACUUCGUUGAUCGAUAUGUAUGGGAAAUGUGGGAAGAUCGAGCGUGGUUUUUGGGUGUUUCGAGAAAUGAAAUGUAGGAAUGUGUAUACUUGGAAUGCCGUGAUUAGGGGUUUGGCGUUGGCGAAAAGCGGGGAAGAGGCAUUGCGAUGGUUCUUGAUAAUGGAGCGCGAAAAUGUCAAACCAGACGAAGUGACUUUACUAGCCGUGCUUCGUGCUUGUGCGUAUGCUGGGAUGGUUGAACAAGGUAGAGAAAUCUUUUCGUCGUUGAUGAAUGGGAAGUAUGGAUUUCCACCUGGUGCGAAACACUACGCGUGUAUGGUUGAUCUGUUAGCGCGUUGUGGGCACUUAGAGGAAGCGUUAAGUAUGAUCAAAGAGAUGCCGGUGGAACCUACAAAGAGCGUUUGGGGUGCAUUGCUUGCCGGCUGCAGACUUCAUGGGAAUCAAGAGUUGAGCGAGUUUGCAGCGUGGAAACUUAUAGCAUUGGCGCCGAGAAACUCGGCCUAUUACGUCGUGUUGGCUAAUCUAUACGGUGAAAUGGGAAGGUGGAACGAUGCAGAGAAAAUUCGAACACUGAUGAAAGAGAGUGGAUUGUUGAAGGACUUGGGUAGUAGUUCAGUUGAACUUGAGGAUCAAAAGGAUCUACUAGACUUGUUAAGGUGACAAUAAAUUCGAGCGUGGUUUUUGGGUGUUUCAAGAAAUGAAAUGUAGGAAUGUGUAUACUCGGAAUGCUGUGAUUAGGGGGUUGGCGUUAGCGAAAAGCGGGGAAGAGGCAUUGCGAUGGUUCUUGAUAAUGGAGCGCGAAAAUGUCAAGCCUGAUGAAGUCACUUUACUAGCCGUGCUUUGUGCCUGUGCGUAUUCCGGGAUGGUUGAACAAGGUAGAGAAAUCUUUUCGUCGUUGAUGAGUGGGAAGUAUGGAUUUCCACCUGGUGCGGAACACUACGCGUGUAUGGUGGAUUUGUUAGCGCGUUGUGGGCAUUUAGAGGACACGUUAAGUAUGAUCAAAGAGAUGCCUGGGGAACCUACGAAGAGCGUUUGGGGUGCAUUGCUUGCCGGCUGCAGGCUUCAUGGGAAUCGAGAGUUGAGCGAGUUUGCAGCUUGGAAACUUAUAGCAUUGGCACCGAGAAACUCGGCCUAUUACGUCGUGUUGGCUAAUCUAUACGGUGAAAUGGGAAGGUGGAACGAUGCGGAGAAAAUUCGAACAUUGAUGAAAGAGAGGGGAUUGUUAAAGGACUUGGGUAGUAGUUCAGUUGAACUUGAGGAUCAAAAGGAUCUACUAGAGUUGUUAAGGUGACCUAAAUUGCUCGGACUCUCCAAAAAUGUUGCCGCAGCCAUGUCGGAUCCUUCAAAAAUACACUAUUUUUGGAGAAUACGACACGCUCCUGGGAUAUUUUUGAAUAGUCCAAGCAACAUAGAAGGUGACAAUAAGUUACAUUUUGGAGAAAUUUGGAUUAGAAUGAACGUGACAUUUGGAUGGUUCGAUCUCUUCACUUUUAAUCAAAGGUCCGAAAAGAUUGAAAUAA